UGUCGAGGAGCCUUGUUCACAAGAGGCAGGUUAGAUUUUAUGGAAGCUAGAGGAGCACCCCUGCAUACAUUCUAACCUGCGUUUUCAAGCAAAUCGGACUUCUAGUCCAUUAUAGCUGCGUAAUGUCGUCCGAAAAUCUAUCAGAUACUCCGAUGGAAUAUGAGGAUGAAAAACAGGACUCUCAGGAAAAGAAUGCCAACCUUGUGAAGGGUGAAGAGGUCAAGCUGAAGGCCAAGUACCCCGGCCUGGGCCAAAAGCCUGGAGGCUCCGACUUCCUCAUGAAGAGGCUACAGAAAGGGCAAAAAUACUUUGACUCAGGUGACUACAACAUGGCCAAGGCCAAAAUGAAGAACAAACAGCUGCCCGUGGCAGGCCCCGACAAGAACCUCGUCACAGGGGAUCACAUUCCCACACCACAGGACCUGCCCCAGAGGAGGUCCUCCUUGGUGACCAGCAAACUAGCAGGCUAGCCUAGCCUCCACCCAUCCACCAGGCCCCCAGCUAAUGUUCCUCACCUGUUCCCCAACAAUGUUCCCCCCCUAGUCAUCUCCAGGCUCCACUUGGCUUUAACAUAUUGGGGAGAGCUGUGAAAGUCAGUACAUAUUGCUUGUAUAUGGGUAUGGUGGGGAGGGGAGGUGAGCUGGGACCUUUUCUACCAUCUCUCCACACAGCUCUGCCCUCUGCGCACUCUGCUCUACCGCCUCCCUUAUGUCUUGGUUUGGUGUUCAGAGGUACAUAAAGUAGAUGUGCCAUCAGGGAGGCUGAGUUUAAUGCACUUUGUAUUAUGUACAGUACGUUUUUGCAUCCCGAAUGACACCAAAAUAUGUUGUUGACGAGGGAGUUGGGAACCAUGAUCGCUCCACAUUUUUCGAUGUUGUGUUCUCGUCAAAGCUGGGGGUAGCGUAUUUUGCUUGCACACCAAAUCUGGGAGGGAAGGGAACCAUGGUGAAGCAUCCAAAGGAAGGGAGCGGUAAAUCAGAGGGAAAAGUGGAAACUGAUUUGUGGUUUCCUUUAUCUCAUGUUCUGUCAAACAAAAAUCCAAGGUCGUCCAUGCUGACCUGAAUGAACAGAUAUGAAACUGCACAUUUUCUGCUCAUGUCGCUUUAAUUCUUGACUCCCUGUUGCUCUUCUUUUUUUUUUUUUUUAAAUAUGCUGCAUGAUUGUAACAUGUAACGAAAUGUGCAAAUCUGGAGGGGUUAGACGACUGACAGGAAGUAGCAAGCAACCACAUGGAGCCCUGGAAUGUCCAUGGUCACUCUCCACACCUUCCUUCCCUCUCAAUGUCCUGACAAUCCACACAAUCUGUCUGUAGGCUGCCCAUGGCGAAAGCAAUGGCAGAGCAAACUGAAUACCCAUAUAUCAUUUUUAAGGCUGGGAAAAGAAGCAACUGUUUAAUAUUCAAGUUAAAUCUCAGUUCUGUGUCUGUUACAUCACCUCAAAAAGCCUAAAUGAUUGGUAGGGGAUCAAUUCAGUGUAUAUUUCUGUAUUGUGUUGAGAAAAUUGACAUUUGGUAUGAUUUGUGUCUUCAUAAAGGGUUGUUUGUUCAUUGUCACGUAUUAGCCAUUUACUACAAUCUGGCUGUUUUCACUGUUAAUGGCAGUUCCUGUUGAGAAACUAGUUCCCAAUUACAUUAGUUGCUAAACCUCUCCUCGGUCUCUCCUUAAAAUUCAACAUAGUAGGAGCCUCCCAGUGUACUGCUAAAGCAUAUAGCCUUACAUAAUGACAAUAUAAAAAGCUGUGACGUCAGUAAUGGGGUAAACAGUCGACCACCGGCUAAACUGGCCCCCUGACUGGCCCCUGGCUCACACAGACCUAACUGGGACACAGCGUGUUUUAGAGAUAUGCUCACUUGACGCAUGUCAAAGGGAAGGGAUUUUAUGACAGAGGGGGGGGCAGCAAAGUGUGAGUGUGGACUUAGUUGACCCUGCUCAUACCUGUUGGUAUGGUACAACUUGCCAAAUAGUUAACUCAUACAAAAGUAAAAUGCUUGUACUCUGGUUUAAAGGUCAGAGGUUGUAGGCUAUGUUAUCACCUGAAUGAGUUGUCCUAUCACACAAUACACACUUGAUCACUCCGAUCUUGGCACCUUUUGAAUAUUCCCUGUGUCUAAUUGGCAUUGAGUGUGCUUGUCUGGGUUAGUAUGAAUGUGCUACUGUUCUCUGUCCCAGUGGGUGUAAAUGGGCUUUUGGGUGUUGAGGUUUUUUUUCUUUCUGAUUUCACUACUUGUAGUUCUCUGAUUCCAAUGUUUCCUUUCUCCUGUCAUUGAAUACACUACGUAAGCUUUAUAUAUUAUUUUUUACACUACAGAGACAUUAAUAUGAAUGUGUGUAAAUGCUGCUGAUUCAGUCGAUGACAAAUCUUUUAAACUGAGAUAUUACCCUAAUAAAGAACGCCUGUCCUAGGAUUCAAACAAUCGGACCCACUCCUACCAUGAAUGUCUGCUAAUGGGAGACUCACUAACCACUCCAGGUUUGGGAGUAUAAUUCCAUUUCAAUUAGGAUAUGAAUUGAAAUUCUACCCAAGAUCAAUGCAAUCCAUUUUGGGAACUGGCCAGCUGGAGUUGAAAUUUAAUUGACACCAACAUGUUACUUGAAUUUGAACAGAAAGACCGUGCAGAAUCCUAAUUAUUUGUAGCUUAUUAAAGUGUCAAAUAAUAUAAUUGGAUAUGCUGAAAUGAAGGUUGUUGAAACAACCGCAAUCAAGAAUUCCUCUCUAAGUUUUUGUGCACUGUCUGGCUUUGUAUGGAGCAAUGUAAUGAGAGAUAUACAGGUGAAGUCGGAAGUUUACAUACACGUUAGCCAAAUACAUUUAACCUCAGUUUUUCACAAUUCCUGACAUUUAAUCCCAGUAAAACAAAUCCCUGUCGUAGGUCAAUUAGGAUCACCACUUUAUUUUAAGAAUGUGAAAUGUCAGAAUAAUAGUAGAGAGAAUUAUUUAUUUGUUUACACACUCAAUUAGUAUUUGGUGGCAUUGCCUUUAAAUUGUUUUAACUUGGUUCAAAUGUUUUGGGUAGCCUUCCACAAGCUUCCCACAAUAAUUUGGGUGAAUUUUGGCCCAUUCCUCCUGACAGAGCUGGUGUAACGAAGUCUAGUUUGUAGGCCUCCUUGCUCGCACACGCUUUUUCAGUUCUGCCCACAAAUGUUCUAUAGGUUUGAGGUCAGGGCUUUGUGAUGGCCACUCCAAUAUCUUGACUUUGUUGUCCCUAAGCCAUUUUGCCACAACUUUGGAGGCAUGCUUUGGGUCAUUGUCCAUUUGGAAGACCCAUUUGCGACCAAGUUUAACUUCCUGACUGAUGUCUUGAGAUGUUGCUUCAAUAUAUCCACAAUUUUUCUUCCUCGUGAUGCAAUCUAUUUUGUGAAGUGCACCAGUCCCCCCUGCAGCAAAGCACCCCCACAACAUGAUGCUGCCACCCCAGUGAUUCAUGGUUGGGAUAGUGUUCAUCGGCUUGCAAGUCUCCCCCUUUUUCCUCCAGACAUAACGACGGUCAUUAUGGCCAAACAGUUCUAUUUUUGUUUCAUCAGACCAGAGGACAUUUCUCCAAAAAGUACAAUCUUUGUCCCCAUGUGCAGUUGCAAACAGUAGUCUGGCUUUUUUAUGACAGUUUUGGAGCAGUGGCUUCUUCCUUGUUGAGCGGCCUUUCAAGUUAUGUCGAUAUAGGACUCAUUUUACUGUGGAUAUAGAUAAUUUUGUACCUGUUUCCUCCAGCAUCUUCACAAGGUCCUUUGAUGCUCUUCUGGGAUUGAUUUGCACUUCUCGCACCAAAGUACAUUCAUCUCUAGGAGACAGAACGCGUCUCCUUCCUGAGCGGUAUGACGGCUGCGUGGUCCCAUGGUGUUUAUACUUGCGUACUAUUGUUUGUACAGAUGAACGUGGUACCUUCAGGCAUUUGGAAAUUGCUCCCAAGGAUGAACUAGACUUGAGGUCUAGAAUUGUUUUUUCUGAGGUCUUGGCUGAUUUCUUUUGAUUUUCCCAUGAUGUCAAGCAAAGAGGCACUGCGUUUGAAGUACAUCCACAGUGACACCUCCAAUUGACUCAAAUUAUGUCAAUUAGCAUAUCAGAAGCUUCUAAAGCCAUGACAUAAUUUUCUGGGAUUUUCCAAACUGUUUAAAGGCACAGUCAACUUAGUGUAUGUAAACUUCUGACUUCAACUGUAGGAGGGUAUGUUAAAAUACCAUGUCUCCUGUUCAACUAUGAUAAGUAUGUGCCAGAAUGUAAACAAGUGAAAAUGACUGUGUGCUCUAAAGUACCUUGUGCUGCUUACCUAACCUGUUUUUGUUUAGCAUACAGUAAAGAUGUUUUAACAUUAUCUUACUCACUGCAUAACUACAACAAAAGUUUAUCCUGGCCCAAGAUAACUGCAGGGAUAUAUGGAGCACCCUUGCUCCCAAUAACUGGGGGUUUACAUAAGGAUAUGCUGAUUGUGGAGCUGGAGACAGAACAAAAUAUUGAUUUUAAGAAAUUUGAAAGUACAUGAGUACUAAUAAUGUUUCAGUUGUGUGGAAGUAAUGGAGUGAAUUUGUCAGUAUUUGAAAUAAACUUUUACAUUAAUAUCAA